UUUUAUAGUCAGCAGCAGUUGCUCUUGCUCUCCCCCAGCCCCUCUGUGGAGGAUCCUGCACAGGAUAAAAGGGAAGGGAGGUGGCCCAGGCUCCUAUCUCAUCUGCCAGGCACCACGUCUGUCGUGUCUCUCACAGGUCCCAUCUCCACUUAAGAUCCCACGAGAGCAUGCCUCCCAAGAAGCCUGAGCCCAAGAAGGAGGCAGCCAAGUCAGCCCCAGCCCCAGCCUCAGCUCCCGAGCCCCCUAAGGAGCUUGCUUUUGAUCCCAAGAGUGUGAAGAUAGACUUCACUGCGGACCAGAUUGAAGAGUUCAAAGAGGCCUUCUCUUUGUUUGACCGGACCCCAACUGGCGAGAUGAAGAUCACGUACGGACAGUGUGGGGACGUGCUGCGGGCCCUGGGCCAAAACCCCACCAACACAGAGGUGUUGCGUGUGCUGGGCAAGCCCAAGCCUGAAGACAUGAAUGCCAAGAUGCUGGACUUCGAAACGUUCCUGCCCAUCCUGCAGCACGUCUCACGUAACAAGGAGCAGGGCACCUUCGAGGACUUUGUGGAAGGGCUGCGGGUCUUUGACAAGGAGAGCAACGGCACGGUGAUGGGCGCUGAGCUUCGCCAUGUCCUGGCCACCCUGGGGGAGAAAAUGACUGAGGCUGAAGUGGAGCAGGUGUUAGCUGGCCACGAGGAUGCAAAUGGCUGCAUCAACUACGAAGCCUUUGUGAAGCACAUCAUGUCUGGCUGAAACAGCUUCCUCUGAGUGCCCGGCCGGCCCCCUCAGCCACACCAGGGUGAGUUGGCGAGAGGCCCUGAGCGACUCUGCUGAGCCACAGGCCCCGACUCAGCCAUGUCCGGCCCGAAGGACCUCACAGGCCCGCUGCCCUCUCUGUGAAUAAACAUCCCCACCAAGACUG